AUGCUUUUUAUAAAAAGUUUUAGUAAUGGCAAAAUACACAGUACUUAUACCACCAUCGUCACCACAUCACACACUAACCAUCAAAGGCAUGUCGAGCAGAUACCAAUGUGGUGCAAAAAAUGUAGUCUAUUAACAGCCAUUAAGGAUGCUUUUAUGAUGAAAAUGAACGCGUUCAUUCAAUCGUCGUCGUCGUCGUCGUCCGCCCCAAUGCCGAGCGGACAACGUCUCUCGUCGGCAUCUCCGUGGACAGAUUUCAUGAUGCCGCAGCCCGCUCCGCCACAGUCGUAUUGGUGGUCGUCGCCUACCCCGUCGUUUUGGCGGUCACCUCCGUCGUCAUCGUCGAACUGGUGGUGGUGGCGUUAACGAACAAAUCGUCGGAAAAAAAUGAUACCGAAAAACGAUUUAACCCUUACACAAGCCACGUACCGAAAACACAUUAUAUUACGUAUACCUAAUACAUUAUAAUUAGUACUUAUUUAUAUCAACACAUGCCACACUACUUUAUAAUAUUAUAUUAUGUAUAAAGACGAUUGCGUUCUGUAUACAAAUAUUGUAGUACGCGAUUUCAGUACACUGCAAAUUGCAAUAUUAUGGUACGAUUCAUAUAUAAUAAUAAUAUUAUUGUAUUUUUAAAAAGUCUAUUAACAUUUAUGUAAUAUUUUUUUAUUA